CCGAUACCCGGACCUGGCCCACCCCGACACCUUCUCCUGAGCAUCCGCUCACAACGCAACCAUGGUACUGUUCAAGCGGAAGCCGGUGCGGUUCCUCCACCCGCCCCGAGAUCUCGACGACUCAGCCGAGGUCUGGCACAUUCCCCAGACAGGAGAGAUAUUCUCCACGUACGAAGAAUAUCUGAACCGCAUGGACUUUUAUAAGCAGUCACGCUUCAUUUGCCAGAUCACCGGUCACUCCAACCUCACAUUCUUCGACGCUCUACGAAGCGAGCUCGCUGGUGCUCAGGAGGUCGACCAGGCGUUUCCCGAGGCCCUCAAAGGCCCUGUUUUGCGCCGCGUUCAGUUCCAGACCGUGUCUAGGAUAGACCAUCUGGUCGACAUGGUUUUCGAGGAGUUCAAGGCCGAUUACUACCCCGGCGAGUCUGUCGGUGUCCAACUCUCCCAAGGCGACCGCCACCAAGGCCUGGUCCGCGAGAAGGCCAAGUUCGGUAGUAAGGUCCUCCCCGACGGCACUUUGACCCAACCAUACACCCUCUAUCUUGUGAGCCUGGACGACCGGGGCGGCGAGGAGACCCAGGUGGAUAGCGAGCAUAUUUGGCGUGACCGCAAGAUAUUCACCAAAUCGGUGCUGCGCUCCUUCAUCAAGAAGACGGUGACAAGGGAAGCCUGGAACGGUGCCCCGUGGCUCGUAAAGCAUGAUGUUGCGGCGCGCUACCAUAUCGAGAUCAGGGUACCACCACAGCUGCGUUACGAUAACAAGCUUCUCGAGCGGAAGCAGCUCCUGGCGCAGAAGAAAGGAUUGCAACCAGGCGUCGAUACGAACGGUAGCCACGGAACCAACAGGCCAAACGGCAUCGACGGCGUCAACCCUUUCACUGCCACCGGUCCCAUGCGACUCCCAGAGCUCAAGCCAGCACCGAAGAGCCACAAAGCCAAGCACCUCCAGCAGCCGCAGCAGCCGCCACCGCACAUGGUCAAGGGGAAGCAGAACGGUUUCGUGGAUCACCUCGGCCACGGCCAAGACUUCUCGCAUCACCUCCCCACACCCGGAAACCCUUUCCAGUUUCCCCUCCGCAGCCAAGCACCGGUCCCGCCGCCGAUGUACGUCAUACCAGAACCACCGCCGCCGCCCCCGCCGCCGAAGUAUCCGAUCGAAGAUCUGCAGCUCGAGCCACAGGGCCGCACGCGACCGCGGUUGAACUUCCUGUGCCAUGAUGCGCCGGCGGGCGUUCAGGAGGCUUCCUCGCCAGCACCGGUUGCGCUGGCCGAGAAGAUUCUCAUGAAGUCUGUGGGACCGCUGCUGGAAACUUGGGACGCGUUGAACGUUUACUGCGAGGUGUUUAAGCUGGACUCGUUCACGUUCGAGUCGUAUGUGGAAUCUCUGAUUGUGGCCUCGGAGGAGGUUCGCCCGCAGCUGUACGACGAAAUCCACUGCGCGGUGCUCUCGAUCCUGGUCAGCUCGGAAAAGGACGGCGGCAAGCCCCAGGUGCCCCUUCCAGAGUUGGAUGAUGACGAGGACGGCGAGGAUGAGGAAGAGCAGAGUGCGGAACCAACGCCCGAGCCCCAGCCUCAGCCGACCGGACGGGCCACAAGAAGUAGCUUGGCGAAGCUCGAGGCUGAGAGGCUGGCAAACGAAGCAGCUGCUGCGGAGAAGGAGGUCGAAGAGGAGCCAGCUGUGCGCCACAGGGCAGAGGACGUCUUGGCCGAUUUUGACUGGAUCGAACAACUAGCAAAACGGAAUUUCCAGGAUGGCGGCUGGGAGCACAUCAUGGUUGGGCUACUCCAUCAGCUUUCCAAGGAGGAGCGGCACAAGCCCUCAUGUGAGGAUCUGCUGUCGCAUCUCGUCCCUGCCAAUGUCGAGCCGACCAAGGAGACUAUCCGACAGCACUACGCCACGAUGGACGUUAACCUCCGAGUGGCGGCCCUGCAGAUCAUAUGCAUGCUGACAGCCGACACCAAGGCUGUGCGCGCCUACAUGGAGGAGUGCAGUGAAACCAUGACCGAGUACCGGAAGAACAAGAUUGAGUUUCAGCGACAGAGGAAGCAAGCAAUUGAGGAGCUCAAGGCGCUCAACGAGGAACGCAAGAUCCUCUUGCCAGACAACAUGCCGCCGUCGCCACAGCCAGAACCAGUGAAGCUGAACGGGGGGGAUGCCAAAUCGACAGAUCGCGAAGGAUCGACCCCUACCGUGGAGGACGACACAAUGGCCGAGGCAGAGGACGAAGCGCCCGUUGGCCGGGGGCUCAGGAGAGCACAAGACAGGGCAGCACAACGACAGCGCAAGCGUGAGCUGGAGGCGGAGCGCAAGAGGGAAGCCGAGGCAGCCGCAAAGGCUCCUAAACCGUCCAAGCAGUUCCUCAAAGUGCUGAAGGAGAUCGAGAAGAAAGAGGAGGAGAUCAAGAAGUGCGAGGCAGAGAUCGCCGUGAUAGAUAACGACCUUCGCGAGGCUGACUGCCCUAGAACACGAGUCCUGGGUAAGGACAGGUUCUGGAACCGGUACUACUGGUUUGAGCGCAACGGCAUGCCUUACGGCGGCCUUCCGGACAGUUCGACGGCCUCGGCCGGGUACGCAAACGGAUGCAUAUGGGUCCAGGGGCCGGACGAGCUGGAACGGGAGGGCUACAUCGACAUGCCGGCGGAUCUGCAGGCCGAGUACAAGGCCAAAUUCGGAAUAACCGUCCCGGAGCGCAAGAACAAGGAGGAAGCACCUACCAGCCUUUUCAACGCAAGGCAGUGGGGCUUUAUCUCAGAGCCCGAAGACUUCACAAAGCUGAUAGAAUGGCUCGAUCCUCGGGGAUUCAACGAGCUGAAGCUCAGGAAGGAACUGGUGCAGUUCAGGGAUAAGAUUGAGACGCACAUGCGGAACCGCAAGGCGUACCUCGAGGCGGGCGAGCAGCCGCGCGAGGAAACGGCGGAGAAGAAGAGCGCGCCAUCGGGCGGCGCUAGCAGCAAGCGCGCAAGCACACGCAGUCGGGCCGUGCAGACGCCAGAGCCGCCCCAGUACCGGUGUCUCGAGUGGGAGAAUCUGACGGCCAUCAACGAGCUGGGCCACCUCCACAGUGCGCAUCCGCCGCCGCCGCGUGUCAAGAAGCCGAGCCGAAAAAAGGAGGCGGCCGAUGCCGCUGCUGUCCCCGAAAAGAAGAAGCCCCUGAGUCGCCAGGGUACCAGAUACAACUUCUGAGCAAACCAUCGCUAGGCUAGUUAGCGGGUAGCCCUAGCUGUAGCUUCCUGGGGGCCCUGAAUUUGCAGGGCAUGGCUUAUCAGCGCCAUGUACUCGCGCCCAUUUGCUCCAAGUAUCUGUACAUGCAGAAAUCCAUAUCAACCGCGUAUCUAAUUGGAAGGGGGGAAAACAUGUGGGAGGCCUGAUGACCUCAUUAUGAUAGCCACCGGGGACACUCGGGCGACAACAUUGCAGCUGCGACAACAGCAGGGACGGAAACGGACCGGCGGGAAUGGGGAACGGACUGUCUUAGAGAGUUGCUAUGAGAUUUAACAAGCCGUGUCCACAUGUUACAAUAUAACGACAUGUGUUUUUAUUCUUUGCGUGCCCGGUUCAAGUUUGGCGUAAAAGUGUUUUCUUACCGUGACUC